GCCAUGGCGGCGGUGGCUCGGGGCCGGGGCCUCCCUCGGGCGUGGCUCUGCAGGAGGGCGGGGCCGGGCUGCGGCCGCCACUACCGCGCCGCGCUCUGCGCCCAGCUGAAGCAGCCCUUGGCCAUCGAGGAGGUCGCCUCCCGCCCAGUCCGGCCUCACGAGGUCAGAGUUGAUGUCCAUUUCUGUGGAGUUAAUUUUGCUGAUAUUUUGGUCUGCCGUGGUCAGUAUCAGGAAAAGCCCCAACUUCCCUUCACACCUGGAAUGGAGUUUUCUGGGACUGUCCUGGAGACAGGCGCAGAUGUCAGCACAGUGAAAGAGGGAGAUCAAGUUAUUGGCGUGAGUGGUUUUAAUGGUAUGGCUGAAGAAUGCAUCGUUGACCAAAAGAAAUUGUGGCAUAUUCCAGAAGGGGUCCCCCUCCGAGAAGCUGCUACCCUGCCUGUAUCUUAUGGCACUGCUAUUUUGGCCUUGGAGCAUCGGGCAUGCACUCGGCCUGGGUGAUAGCUGCAGCCGGAAGUGACGAGAAGUGCAAGCUGGCGAUGCAGAAGGGCGCACAGUCCACUGUGAACUAUGGUCAGGGCGGC